UCUGAAUAAAAUGAGUUCGAAACACAGCAGUGGUUCUGCAACCGCAAAGGUUGAGGAAACUAGCGGGCAAAAUCAAACCGAGGAUCCGACCAAGACAGAAAUUGAGAGUACCGGAAACCCUCCUGAAGACCUUAAAUCUCAAACAGAUGCUAAAUCUGAGGUUGAACUUCCUGUCCCAGAAGUUGAAGAGGAUCUCCUCGAUUUGAUAAAUCACAUCAAAAAAGAGAAAAUGAAGAUUAAAUAAAUUUAUCAAAGAUGACAAACUCAUGAUUGAAGAUCUAAUCAUUUUCAAAGAUAAGCUCGGCGAUAUCACUGGAGAGGAAAUGAACGAGCUUAUCAACUAUAUCUCAACUAAGCAUAAGAACAAAGUUGACAAAUAUUGCCUCACAUGGGACGAACUUUGGAAAAUUAUGGUAUUUGACUGGCCCAUUUGGGAAAAUGAGAACAGGAAUUUCCAAAAAGUUGAUGACUGGAUCAGUCAAGAAGAUAUGUAUCAAGAACAACUCUACGAAGAACUUGAUGAAGGAAAUUUCGAGAGAGAACAAAUUAAGGAAAAAGGGAAUUUUACACUAAAACUUAAACUUGACAAGCACCAAGAGAAAAUCUAUGAUGUCUUCAGGUCUUAUUGUGAUAAUAUCCCUCAGAGUGAAUCAGAUAGUGACAAAGAGCCUGACAUUCAAAGCGUUAAAGAUCAGAAAUCCGGAAUUAAUACCAAGAGCGAAAUCAAUAAGGAAGACAAAUCUGAUAAUAUUUCUAAGACUGAAAAGGAAGACCAGACAGAAAAAGACGAGCAAACUGAAAAGAACGAUGAUCAAUCUGAGACUAAGACAAUGAACAGAACUGAUAAAUCUACCACCGAAAAAUUAAAUAAUACCGAAAUGCGAGACUCUACUAUUACUCUAAAGAAAAACGUUGAUGAAAGUAUGACUAUGCAAAUCCCAGUUGUGAAAGUGAAUAAACUCGGGAAAAUUAUAAAAGACCUUGGAUAUCUCAUCGAUCUUUCAUUUAUCACCUAUGACGACUAUGUUAACCAAACUUUUGAGAGGAAAAAGACACACAAGAGCAUUGUCAAACGACUCCAGAAAUAUUUAUGGAAGCGUAUCCAUAUUUCAGAGUGAAUUGACAAAGUCCAAAGAGGAUCUGCAAAAGGAUUUGGCGCCGGAAUUCUUAAACCAAGUAAAUCAGAUCCGAAUUAUAACGCAACUGAUACUUCUAUGAAGAAGGACUUGAAACCUGAAGACCAAGAGGCAAGGCCAGAGACUAAUGCAAGUGGGACCUCUAGGUCUUCUGAUAAGACAAAGAAAACUAUAAAGACUGAGAACGAAGACAAGACCGAGAACGAUGGGAAAACUGAAAAUGAACGGACUGAAAAUGAUGGUAAAACAUCCAGAUCUGGCGAUUCUGAUCACGAAAGUGGUGACAAGACCUCGAUGUCACCAGAGACCAAAGAAGUUACAACUGCGAAGGAAGAAGUUGAGAAAGAUAUUAAGCAAUCAACUAUCAUAUUCGAAGAUGAAGCUUUUAAGAAGGAAAAAUUCUUAAAAGAUAUCGAUGCAAAUCUCUUUAUAGGAUACUUAAUUGAUUUCUAUGAAGAAGAACAGGAUAUCUUAAUUCCAUUUUCAGACAGGUUGGAUACCAAUAUCGAUGAGAGAGCUGAAGAAGCAUAUAAAGCAGCCACUGAUCUUAAUUAUGACCCAUUUAAAGAGAAACUACAGAGGACUUUAGAGCAAUAUGAAGCUGCCAUGGAUGACCCAGAAGGAUUCAGAAAUCCAAAAGAAAGAGAUAUUGCAGCUAAGGUUGUCAAUGAUCUCAGAAAUCAACUUCUCAAUAUCGACCGUAUUAGCAAGAAAGCCGAGACUGAAAGAGAUAUGAAGAGUAUGAUAAAAUCGGUAACAACUUCCAUUGAAGAUCGGAGGAUCAGAGGUCUUCGUGAAAUAUUCGGGUUUUACGCUCAACAGCAUCUUCCAGAAGGACUUGAAUUCGGAGAUAUUCAAAACAAAAAGAACAUUCUCGACCUCGGAGAGUUUUUGAUCUUCACUAAGGACUUUCAGUUACCUCUCAACAAGAACAAAAUAAUAGAAGUCUUUAAGAAAACCAGCUCAUUAAGACAACUUCCAGUAAACUUCGAGGAAUUCCUAGAAGUUAUCAAAAAGAUUGGAGUGGAGAUGAACAAAGAAAAGAUCCUUAGCGUCAAGAAGAGGCUUAAAGAAAUCAGAAAACUCGAAAGAGAGCAGCAGCUAAAGAACCCUCCUAAAGAGGAGUCUAAGGAAGACCCCUCUACUCGGAAAGAAGGAGAAACAACUGAGAAAGUCGAUGAAGAGGAGAGUAAAGAAGAAACUUCAAAAAAUGCAGAAGAGACUUCUAAGCCUAAUGAGUCCAAAACAGAAACUUUUGACAACAAGAAGGAUGCCGAAGAGUCUGAAAGCAAAAGCAAGACAGGCAUGGAGAGCAAGAAAUCUAUAGGCCAGAUUUCUAAGUCUGGAGCUGGCUCUGAUGAAGAUUCUGAGUCAGAAAGUAAAUCUAAGACAACUAAGAAGACAAAGAAGACCAGUAGGACUUCGAAAGCAGGUGAGGACAGUGAGAAUGAAUCUGAGAGCGGUAGCGAAAGCCCAUUGACUAGUAAGAGUAAAAAUAAAAGUGUCCGGUUUAGUACACUUGGCAAAAGAAGAAAAUCUAAAAUUGAGCAUUCAGAAAUUGGAGAAAUGAGAUCUCAGGUGGUCGGAAAUGAAGGGUUUAGUAGUUCCCAGAUUCAAAGCCUUGGAGCCAACUUGAACCCCAUCCAGAUCCAGAAAGAAAAACUCGAAGCUGAGCUUGAGAAGUUUACUCAAAAAUCAGUUGAAAUGUGUCAUGAAGAUAUCAUGAACUACCUUGAAUGCCAUGACCCUCAAAAAUUUAGGAAGAAAGCCAAGGGAGUUCAAAAUGUUCCUUUUGCAAUGAAGGACUUUUAUUACAGAAUUUCAAAAGACGAAAUGGAGACUAGAAAGCAUACUUCCAAGCUCUCAGCAGCUCAACUUCGUGAGAAAAUUGCAGCAAUGAAAAUAAGGAGAGAAGAAAUGAAGAAAAGAAACCAACUUGAAAGAGAAGCUAUAAAAGCUAAAGAAAAGAUGCUUGAAGACAGAAGAAAGAAAGCUAGCAAGGCUAAACAGAUGAAUUUAGCCCACGCUAUCCAGAAAAACGAAGAGAAUGAAGGUAUCAACUCUGUCAAAGGAGGAAUCUAUACCAAAAGCCCAUCAAACAAGCUAUCAUAUCGUGCUCAAAAGAAUAAAGAAAAAGGUUUGCCUGAAGAAGAAGGGCUGAAUACAAAGGUGACUCUAGAUUUGCUUCAAAAAUUGCAUUAUAAAGACAUACAGCAAUCCAUGCCUGAUGACUUCAAACCUGAAAAAUAUGUAACCGACGUGGAUGACGAUGAAGAAGACGAUUCUGUAUUUGAUUAUUUCUUCCCUGGAAAUAAGAAGAAAAAGCCUAAGAAAAACGCUAAAGGUAACAAUUACUCUGAAAAGAUCAUGAACAUCAAAAGAGAAUUUGGGGACACCAAGAGUAAAAGACAAGGACAAGAUGUAAUCUUUGAAGAACAAGAGUCAAUGUAUAAAUCAGAUAAAGAGAGUAGAAGAACGAAGACCAACAGAUCAAUCCAGCCUUCAAAUCCUGGUCAAAGUAAGAAGUCUCAUAGAAGAGUAGAGAGUCAAAUUGCCUUACACUCUAAAGCUAAUAAGGACUUAAUAAAUAAUCAGAAAGGAAAUAUAACAGCAAGAGGGCCUAAGACUAAGAACCUGAAUUCUCUGAAAGGGGUUUCAAAGAAAUAUGUUUCAGGUGGCCAAACAUCACGUAAAGCUGGAAGUAACAAGCGCUUAUCAAAAGGAGCAAACAAGUCUAAAGAUAAGCUUCACAAGAGUAACCAAAAAUCUCAUAUAAUGGGGAAAAUUGCCAAAAUUGAGAACAUGAGGAAGAAGCAAGAAAGAGAUAACCUUGAAAGAGCAAUGAAGACUCAUAAUAACCAGCUGAGGAGGUCCCAAAAAUACCUAAAAUAAUCUCAAUAUUCGCCUAAAA